AUGGAGAUACCUAUCCUAAAUUAUCAAAAGACAAACGUCAAGCCGCUACUGAGGCUGACGGAGAGGCUAUUCAAGUUAGGUUUCUUUGCCUCAUAUCUUACCUCUCAACAGCUCAUUGUGCUUGAGAAUUUGCUUUCCAUUGAAAACGAGUCCAGUAAGAUGCAUGUGUGGCGGGAGCUGAUGAAGGGCAAUGUGAUAAUGGACGUCGUUGAGGUGCCAUCCGCAGCCAAAACUACUAGUUUUGAAGUACCCAGCAGUGCUGAUUUUAGUGGUGAAACGAACAGUCCGAAUGAUAACAAUUUGGAAGGCGCUGACGAGAUCGAACAGGAGAAGAAGGCGGAGGAGGACAUCGAUGAUUUCUCUCAAUUGGAUCUUGAAGAUUUCAAACAGCAGAUAAUUGGAAAAGAUUUCAUAGGAAAUCUCUCGCUAAAGCUUCGAUAUGUCAUUUGGCAAUGUGCCCUCGAUUAUAUUUACAAGGACGAAGCCGCUGAUCUUCAGAGAAGCGUUGAUGAUUCUCUCAAUUACGCUCUAUUAGAAGAAGAUGUCGAGUCAGCAGAACUGGAAGAUCGUGAUUCUGGAAAAGGGGAUGCCGGUGUCGCUAAUGAUGCUGACGACGAUAACUAUGAUGACGACGAUAACUAUGAUUACGACGAGGAAGAAGAUGAAAAAGAUGCUCAACGAGCACAUGAUGAUCAAUCUAGUUCAAAUUUAGACAGUGCAGGUGUCGAAGUCGUAGACGACGGUGGAGGCGAUCUUCUCACCGUUAGGUUGAGAAUAUCUAAAGAUUUAUUAGCGAAACUCCGAAAUGAUAAUCACGAAAAAAUCCUGAAAAAUAGCAACAAAAUAUACCAUAGCUUCGAGUAUGACAAGGAAAAUAUGCUAAAGAGAUUGAGGCUGGAAGAAAAUGAUAAACUCAUCGAUGCAAGCGACAAAAAAAGAAAACGUAGCAGUUCGGUCGAUAGUGUAAAUGCCUUUGAAUCUGCAGAAGUGAACGAAGAUAAAAUUGAGGAAAUCCAUGCAGGGCAGGAAAAUAGCCAAGGGCUGGAUGGAAAACGACCAAAACAUGAUCCUAUGAAUUUACCAGUGAACCUAGGGGCGGCUAACCUGUCAUUAAAACAUCUUCUGGCGUCGAUCCAGGAGAAUAAGCAGAAAUUAAAACUAUCUGAUUAUGAGCUAAAGCAUCUUAUUGUGGACGUUAGAAAAAACAGAUCAAAGUGGGCUUCUGAUGAAAAAAUUGGCCAAGAAGAACUUUACGAGGCUUGUGAAAAAGUGGUGUUGGAGCUCAGAAAUUAUACUGAGCAUUCAACGCCAUUUUUGAACAAGGUGAGUAAGAGGGAAGCGCCAAACUAUCAUCUUAUUAUCAAAAAAUCCAUGGAUUUAAACACUGUUUUGAAAAAACUUAAGACAUUCCAAUACGAUUCUAAACAAGCGUUUGUCGAUGAUAUUACGCUUAUUUGGAAAAAUUGCUUAACCUAUAAUUCAGAUCCGUCCCACUUUUUAAGAGGCCAUGCAAUAGCCAUGCAAAAGAAAUCUCUACAGUUGCUACCUCUCAUUCCGGAUAUAGUAAUUAGAAACCGUGCUGAUGUGGAAAAGGAGCUGGAAGAAAUGGAUAAGGAUAGAGAAUGCGAAGAUGAAGAUGAAGAGGUAGCCGGGUCUGGGAGGAAAGGCCUAAAUAUGGGAGCCCAUAAACCUGCAAAGGCUGAUGAUAACGUCAGUACAGCUCAAAAUGCCGAAAAGGCUCCAGAGAAGUACCUAGGGGCAGAAGGAAACGGUGAAGAACUGUCAAAAGAUGAAGAAAAGCAGCUGCAGGAUGCGAGUCAAGAUCAAAAAAGCGAUGAAGCCGCCGCUGGGCAAAGAACUCCCGAGACGGAAUCUAAAGUUGACGCACAGCUGCCAUCAGCUCAGGAGGUCACGGAAGAAGAUGACGACGAAGAUGACGAGUUGGCAGAAUCUCAGUCGUUUGUUGUGGAAAAAGACGAUGAUAGAGAUGACGUGGAAAUUUCCGUUUGGAAAUCUCUGACUGCCAAGGUACGCGCUGAAAUCUGUCUCAGAAGGUCUAUGUGCUUUGAGCGUGGGAAACUUAAUCGAAAUUCAAAGGCUCUAAUUAAGGAUCCUAAAAGGUUGAAGACUUUUGAGCAGCUGUAUGCGGAGCAUGAAGAACAGAAAGAAUUCGAAACGCAAAGGGAAAAGCUUGAAAAGGAAUCAAUAAUGAAAAAUGGCUUCCAGACCAUGCUGAAACAGGAGGAGGAAGACAACACAUCAUUUAGCACAGAGCAUGCGGCUGAAAGCUCGGACUCCUUCCAGAAGGAAUCAAAUGAGAUCGAGAUUGAUAGCACUAUCUUCUUGAAAGAAUACGAUAGCGUUAAUUGUUUUCCAGCCACAGUUUACGCAGGGGUUGAUUCAAAUUUAUUGGACAGAGAAGAGGACGCCUGUGUGAAAAGAAUUCUGGAUGAAGGAAACAACAAACCAAGCGCUUUUUUGGCUAACCGUGAUAAAGGCAUGACUCCAAAGAUGAACAAAAAUAUCGAACUUAUACAGCAGAUAAGGCAUAUUUGUCAUAAAAUUUCUUUGAUCAGGCUAUUGCAAAGCACAUCAGGCAACCAAAACACUAGGACAAACCCAAACCAAUUGAUCGGUUCUCAUCAGUAUAAAUUUGAAGCCAUAGAUGAUUCAAUGGAUAUUGAUCCUGUAUCUAGACUCCAAACGCAUGACUAUAAAAAUAACAAGCAACUAAUAUGGCGAUUUAUGCAAAAAAACGUCUCAAAAAUUACUAUGUCAAAUGGCUUUGAGACAGCUCAACCCACUGCCAUCAAUGCUCUAACGGAACUUGCCGGCGAUUACCUAUCCAACCUAAUCAAAACAGUCAAAAUACAUCAUGAAAGCAGCUCGUUGAGUCGAGCAAAUUCGAGUGAAAUUCUGCGAAUGAGCCUUUUGGAAAAUGGUAUUAGCAGGCCUGAUGAUCUCUUUAUCUAUUUUGAGUCUGAGUUCAGUAAGAAGACUAGGAAACUGCUUGAUGUUAAGUCAAAACUGGAAGGCUUUCUGAAGGAACUCCUGCGACCAACGCUGCAGGAACUCUCAGAAAGAAAUUUUGAAGACGAAAGUCAAAGCUUCUUGACGGGAGAUUUUGCAACCGAGAUUACAGGUGAAGAUUUCUUUGGAUUCAAAGAGCUAGGCUUGGAAAAAGAAUUUGGAGUUCUGACUUCCUCGGUUCCAUUGCAGUUACUCACAUUUCAAUUACAAGCAAAUGAUGCGGAAACGAAAGAACAAGCCAAGAAGCUGCAACCAGAGGAGUUUGGUAAUGUUGUUUAUUCGAGAACUACAAAGGAAGAAUUGAUGAAGCAGUCUCGCUGGGCAACUCUUUUACCUUUGAUUGAUAAAGCAUUCCAGCGAUCGAAAACCUACCGUCAAAAGGUGGCAAAGAGUAACGCAGCCGCAGACAUGGUAAUACAUGAAAGCCUUGAACCCGUUGAGUCGCCAUGGUUGCUGGAAGAUGAGGAAAUGACAUUCAAGGCAAAGACAGGUAGGCCGCGUUUACCUCCGACAGGGAAAAUCAGUAGUGCGUACAAGAAGAAACCUAUUGCUGAUGCUUUUAUCCUUCCUAAUGAAGACGAUGAGACUGCAAAUAGCGAAGAUAUGAAACAAAAGAUAGAGAAAGAUGUCUCUGAUGGAGCCUCAACUGGUGUCGUAAACCCCGCUGCGAGUGUGCAGGCCUGA